AUGCAUACGAUUAUUGAUCCAAAUACACCCGAACAAAAUUUAAUAACUACUGAUUUUACAAUAUCAUUAAAAGACACAGUUAGUAAUGUUGAUAAGAAUGUUAAUUUUUACACAAUUUUAUUUACAUGGAAACAAAAGAAAAUCUGGAAAACAACACCAAAACGAUUUAGUGAAUUUGAGGCAUUUCACAAUCUUAUCAAAUAUGUGACAAAUGAUCCAUGUAUUAUUAAUUUACCACCAAAAUUACUUGUUCAUUCAAAAGAAAAUUUAGAAGAAAGAAAAAAAGGAUUAACAAAUUACAUUUAUUCAAUUACUAAAAGUAGUUCUUUAAUUCAAAUUCCUGAAGUUAGACAAUUUUUUGAUAUUCCAUUUGUUGUUCAAUUGUAUUAUGCAGCAACUCCAAUGCAAUUACCAGUUGUAGAAAUUCAAGAAUUACCAGAAAAUGUUAGACAAAUGUAUCAAGAUGGAUGUACAUGGACAACACAUUUUAGUAGAAUGUAUACUUCAGUACAUCAAUUACCAACAUUUGAAGAACAAGAUGAAUUUUUUGUGAAGAAUAGAGAAAUGAUUAAUAAUAUGAGACAAUUUUUUGAAAUUCAAAUGCAAACAUUAACACAAGUUAUUAAAGAACAAAAUACUCAAAUAUUAAAAGAUAUUUUUUCUACUUCACAUAGAAUUUGGUUAUGGAUAGUUAAUAUGCCACAAAUUAUUCAUGCAAUGAAUGCACUUGCACCACCUACAUUUAUUGAUGUGAUGAAAUAUUUAAACAAAAGUACUGGAGAAUUAGAUAUUCCAGCAUCAGUUACUACAUCAACAGGAGAUUCUAUUAAAGAUUAUUUUAAUCAAAUUACAUCCAUUAAAAAGAGAGGAUCUGAAUUAGAAGCAGAAGUUGUAAAAAAUGGAUUUGUAUUAUCAUCAUAUACAAAGAAGAAAAUUGUUGAAAUUUCUGAAGAAAUUGAUAGACUUAUUGAAGGAGUAAUUUCAUAUAAUCAAUUUAUCAAUGGAGAUAAUUGUAUGGAUGUAAAAGAAAUGUAUAUUGAAGCAACUGAUUUAGAUAUUGCAUUCAGUAAGAGACUUGGAAUAUUAAUUGACAAAAAACCAGAAAAUGAUUGCUUACAAAAGGCAAGUUGGAUUGAAGCUAAAGGAUCAGAUAAUCAAGUAUUUAUGAUGCAAGAAUUGUAUCAACCAUUUGUGCUAUGA